AUGGCGCGUAUGGUCACAUCCCCGUGUCAAGGAGACCAUGUUACCACCACAAAGCCAGAGGACGCCGUUAAUCAGAAAUCGGCUCGUCAUACGAACUCAAAUACCAACUGGGGCGCACACAAGCACCUCGCGUCUCCAGGACAAUCGACCGAUGUAGCAACCGAAGACGUCGAAGUCGUCUCAGCACUGAAGCUCAUCGCCGUCUCAGUGGCUGAGCAGCGCCACCUUGCCGCCAAAUCCCUCCUUCUCCACCCGGCCACCUUGACCCUGGCAGCUGUGAGUUACGCUUACAGCGUCGGUGCUGUUUACCAUGACCCAUCAGGCUGGCCCUACAUUGCUGUUAUCUGUGCCACUGCAUUAUCGGCCACUCUUGGCAUCAUCACACGCUUGGUCAGGAGAUAUAACGAUGAGGCUGAGAAAGUUGGAACACUGAACUGGUUGUACGGGCACCAUCCUAGCACGGAUUUCGACGCUACCACGAUCCAGGAAGGUGCCACCUUCAACUCAGAUGAUGGAGUUACGUUUGUACUUAUUCAUCGAUUCGGGGGUUGCAUUGUUGGGACGCUUGUUAUAAGCAUCGCAUACAGCGGCAUCCAACCCCGUCCGAAACUAAACGCGACGACUCUACCAACGGGUGAGAACUACGAUGCCUUGAUACGUGCCUGGACAGUUCAAAAAGGCUUCCGUGGCUACGGUGUUGGUGCUGUGCUCCUCAACAAGGCCGUCAUGAUCUGCUAUGAUCAUAAGUGGAAAGGACUCCGGUUCGCGAAUUCCCACGCCAACUCGCUUCGCGUGUUUUCCUCCAUCUUUCAUAGUGACAUGGACCAGGAAUCCGCUAUGUGGAGCUCAUACCUGCGCAAAAGGACCGAGGCUUAUCGUCAAUCCCGUGCUGUUUUCGAGGCUCGAGUCCUCCAUGUAUCCCCGAAUGCCAGUGAUAGCCAGAUCUCGAUGACCGAUGCACAGAUGCGGUUGGUUUGUACCCAGGUGAAGCUAGAGGAGUUGACCCGGAGGAGCUUCAAUGUGCGCCUUGAAAAGGCACGUGAAGCCCAGGCUCGGUGGAAGGAAAUCUCGUAA